CCCGCCCCCGCUCCCGGAAGCCCUCGUGAGGACGGUUGAUGGCGGCGUCGUUCCGCGCUCGGAGCCCCGCGCGGUGACUGCGGGGCGCCAUGCGGUCCCGGUGCGGGGCCGGGCCGCGCUGCCGCGUGCCGUACGCUCUGCUCUGGGCGCUGUGCGCGCUGCUGGGCGCUGGGCUACGGCCCGUGACGGCGGUGGCGGCGAUGGCGGCGAGCGAGGAGCGGCGCUCCGCGAGCCCCGCAACGCCGUGCUGGAGGCGGGAGGAGUUCGUGGUGGCGCGGGAGUGCGGCAGCUGCUCCAGCUUCGAGGUGAAAAGCAUCCCGGAAUGCGGCCCCACGGGCUUCGUGGAGAAGAUCAGCUGCGCCGCCUCCAAGCGGGACGAAUACAAGAGCUGCCGCUCGGCCGUGAUGGAAGCGCGAAUCUUCUGGCGUUUCGUGGGCUCCAUGAUGUGUUUGGCCGCCGUCUGCGCCGUGUUGGUGGUUUGGAGGCAGCGGGCGUUGGAUCGGAGGGCGCUGGAAAAGGUGCGCAAACAAAUCGAAUCCAUCUGAAGGCACCCGGGGCACCGGGACGGCGCUGGCACGGAGCCCCUGUGUGCCGUGGGACGCGGAGCUGCCGCCUGUGGGACAGCGGCUCCGAUCGUCGCCUUGUGGACGCGGUGACCCCCCCCCGAGGCGUCACC